AUGGAAAUGGGGAAGAUCGCCGCGCAGCAGCUCUCCGCGGGCUACGGCGCGAUGCUCGGCCGCGCGCUGCACGACGCCGCCGUGCCCGUCGCCAACGCCACCAUCUCGUACUGGAUGGACGACCCGCCGUUCCCCGAGGUGAAUCUGAACGCGCACCCGCUGCCGGACAUUGCCGACUACGUGGUCAUCGGCACCGGCCUGGCCGGGCUGGCGGCGACCCGCACGCUGCUCGAGAUCAGCCACGACCAGCGCACCGAGAUGCCGCUGCGGGUGGUCGCGCUGGACGCGCGCGACACCGGCGCCGGCGCGACGGGGCGCAACGGCGGGCACGUCAAGACGGCGCCGUACCGCGACUUUGCGGCAGCCAAGGCGCGGCUCGGGGCGGACAAGGCGCGGGACGUGCUGGCGUUUAUGCGCCGCCACCUGCCGCUGCUCAAGGAGGUCGGGCGCGAGUUGCCGCAGGGCGAGGUCAGGGACGUCGAGGCGGUGGACAUGUUCCUGGUGGAGGACGACUUUGAGGUGGCGAAGCGGCUGGUGGAUGAUGUCAAAGCCAACGUGCCGGACAUUGAGAUUACGGUGUGGCCAGGUGAAGAGGCUCGCAAACAGUUUGGCUGCAACGACUUUGUUGCUGGGGCUCUGUCGUACCCGGCCGGCGCCGCGUUUCCGUUCCGGCUCGUCACCGGUGCGUGGAAGGCGCUCGUCGACAAGUACCCGGAGCUCCGCCUCCUCAGCAAUACGCCCGUUGAGAGCGUCUCCGUCGCCGCGAACUCGCCGCAACAUCCGUACGCCGUCAACACGCCCAAGGGAACUGUCCGCGCACGCCACGUGCUGCACGCCACCAAUGCUUACGCCCCGGGGCUCACCCCGCGUCUCCGGAGUAGCCUUACCGGUGCCCGUGGCUGCAUGUCCGCACAAGACGGCGGUUCCCGCUUCCCUGCCACCCACGGCAACCGGUCCUGGGUGGCCGUCUAUCAACCGGGCUUCGACUACGUUACGCAGCGGCCGGACGGAGCGGAUGGCACGCCGGGAGACGUCAUGGUUGGCGGAGGCUUCUUCCGCAGCAAGCUCAACGGAACCGACCUUCUCGGCGUCUGGGAUGACAGCGUGCGCGACGCUCUACCGCUGGCGCACGUACGCGGCAUCAUGCCAACCGUGUUCCAGCCGAACUGGGGCAGCGGCUGCGGAGGCGGUGAUCGCUUGAAGAAGGACUGGACGGGCAUCAUGGGCUUCACGGGCGACGAACUACCGUUUGUCGGCGCGCUGCCGCAGAGCAUCACGCAGCGGCAGAACACGUAUCCGGGGGCGGGCGUGCCCGGGCUGGAAGGCUCGGGGGAGUGGAUUGCGGCGGGCUUCAACGGCCACGGCAUGGUGUGGGCGUGGCUGAGCGGUGCGGCGGCGGGCAUCAUGAUGGCCGGGCAGGACGGCGUGGACAUGCCAAAGGUGACGGGGCGGCCGGCUGGUACGCUCGACUCGUGGUUCCCGCGGGACGUGCUGAAGCUUGACGAGGAUAGGCUGAAGAGAGCGGACUUGAAGAACUUGAAGCUCCAAGAAUGA